AUGUUAUGCGACGUAUUCAAUAAGGAAAAAAUUUUGGACACACUUUUAACCAUCUCCGCAAGGACGCAUUUUAGUAAAUGUGCAAGGAAAAAUGAAUUGAUAUUUAGUAAGGUCUUCAAAAGACAUUUUGGAGUGUCUGGAAGUUAUGGAUACAGUAUUUUUUCAAAAGAAGGAAAUUGUGAUUCGAAUGUAGGAAAGAAUAAUUUACAUCAAUAUGAAGAAAAAUAUAUGGUUAACAAUUUCAUAAAAAAAAAAAACUUUUAUUUUACAAAGUGGCCUGGAAGGGUAUCCAAGUUAGGAGCUUCUUACUUUUUUGGGAAAAAUUACAAUAUGGGAUUUUACCAUAUGCUUAUUGAAGAAGAGGGGAAAAUUAAAAAGGACAUUGCAUUAAUAUCAAGUUGUAAUGAAAAAAGUGUGCAACAUAAAAAAAUUGAAAAUCAAAUGAAAGAUUUAUCAUGUGGUUACUCAGUUCAAAUAAUUUUAUCAGGAAAGGGGGUUAAGUGCUAUUAUGAAGAUGUUAACUAUACACCAUUUAAACCUACCUAUAGGAAUAACAUAAAGCAGUACUACAGUUUCAAAAAAAAAAAUUCCAUGACGGAUGUAAAAACAUUACAAAAUAAUAAUGAAGAGUCAAAUAUGAACGUAUAUGAAAAUGUAGACAUUAUGAAUUCUCAAGGAAAGGAACACGAAUGCUAUAAAACAAAAAAAGUGAAAAAAUUAUUUGUCCGUCUAGGUAUAGGUACAAAAAAUAUUGACAUUACUAGAGUAUUGACUAUGCAUAAAAAACAUGUAAAUAUCGACGUUGACAGAACGGGAACCAUAAUAAAUGUAUAUGGAUAUAAUAAAAAGUAUGUUGGUUCUGUUUCCCAUCGGCUGUAUAGAAUUGUUAGAAUGAACGUGUACACCAUGAAGGGUGGUUAUGUGUAUCUGCAUAAGCCGAAGCAAAAAAUUUCAAAGAAAAAGUAA